UUACUGUCUCUCACUCUCCUUUUUCCCAUACUUUGAGAAAAUGGAUGGUUGAUAUGGAGUUUAAUCAAAAUGUACAUCUAAAAUUUUACACCCUCUUUUGUUACUUUCCUUCAAUACCACUUACCUACACUACAUCAAAAAAAUAAUUUGUAGUUUAGUGUAGACAUACACGCAAAAAGUAGUAUUGCAGUUGGACGGUCCAAUAUUUUCCUAUCUAUAACUACCCUUCUGCUUGUGCAACUCACUUCCAUUUUCUGCAAGCUCUUCUGUUCAAAGCUAUACAAAAUAGAAUUUUUCUGCAAGCUUUAGAAAGGAAGAUGGAGUUUCCUAAUGAAGAAUUUGAGUCAUCUAAUUCUCAGAGGAAAUCAGGAAGAGGAAAGAUUGAAAUCAAGAGGAUUGAAAAUACUACAAAUCGACAAGUUACUUUUUGUAAGCGUAGAAAUGGACUCCUUAAAAAAGCCUAUGAGCUUUCUGUACUUUGUGAUGCUGAAGUUGCCCUUAUUGUCUUCUCCAGCCGUGGUCGCCUCUAUGAAUAUGCCAAUAACAGUGUAAGGGCGACCAUUGAUAGGUACAAGAAACACCAUGCUGAUUCCACCAGUCAAGGGUCUGUUACUGAAGCUAACACUCAGUAUUACCAGCAAGAAGCAGCCAAAUUACGACGACAAAUACGAGAUAUACAGACUUAUAACAGGCAAAUAGUUGGAGAGGCACUGAGCAGUUUAAGCCCCAGGGACCUCAAGAAUUUGGAAGGGAAACUUGAGAAGGCCAUUGGUAGAGUCCGUUCCAAAAAGAAUGAAUUGCUCUUCUCAGAAAUUGAGCUCAUGCAAAAGAGGGAGAUUGAGAUGCAGAAUGCCAACAUGUAUCUACGAGCAAAGAUGUUGCAGAUAGCGGAGGUAGAGAGAGCACAACAGCAAAUGAACUUGAUGCCAGGAGGAUCUGAAUACAAUCAUCAGCAGCAGGCAAUGAGUACUUCUCAGAAUUAUAACGAUGCUCGUAACUUCCUGCCUGUAAAUCUGCUGGAACCUAAUCCCCAUUACUCUCGCCACGACGACCAAACUGCUCUCCAGCUUGUCUGAUAUAUUGGAGGGCUCUACUAUCAAGUUUUCUGAAUUUGGGUCAGGGGUCUUCCUUCAUCUUCAGAAACGUCACUCCAAUUUUAACCUAUAGUUGUAAAUCAUCAGAACUAUCUCCACUAAGAUUUUAACUGUUUAUUUUCAAGCAUUCAGUCAUCUGUUAAUUAAGGAAUGAAAUCUUGUUUGAUGAUGUUGCCUUUUACUCUUACAGGCUUUCUAUAAAUGCUAUAAACAAUGUUGAUGUAUGGCAGGGCAGCCUAGUGAUAAUUUUAAAACCAGCUAUUAAUCUCUUCA